AUGAAGAAUAGAGCAGGAACUCCAAGCCUCAGAAAACCUCAGCAGCUCGUGACAUUGCUCGCUGGAGACAGUCCAACCAAGUUCGUCGUUCAUAAAUAUUUCGCAUGUCACUAUUCGCCCGUCUUCGACGCCGCCUUCAACGGAAAUUUCCUCGAGGGACAGACUCAAGAGUACAAAAUCCAAGAUGUGGACGAAGAAACUGUCCGGCUACUGGUUCAUUGGCUCUACACCCAGACGUUGGACACUAUGAGCUCCAGGAUCUCAGGAAACAUCUUAAUCCCAAGGAUUUUGGAGUAG